GCCAGGCGUGGCCCCUUCGGCUCGGAGCUGACCCUGAGGAGUGCAGAGGCGUCUCAGCUGCGCUGCUGAAACCACCACCCGCAGCUCCCCCUCCCCGGGCCUUUCCAGUCUGUCUCUGGAAUCCCCUCCCCUUCGCGAUCUCUCGGAUUUGAUAUCCUGGGGCGAAGUGGGAGUUAGGCCCGGGGAGGGUGGUUACUGCUGAGGAGCCGCAGUCUCUGUCAAGAUGAUAGAGGUACUGACAACAACUGACUCUCAGAAACUGCUACACCAGCUGAAUACCCUGUUGGAACAGGAGUCUAGAUGUCAGCCAAAGGUCUGUGGCUUGAGGCUAAUUGAGUCUUCACACGAUAAUGGCCUCAGAAUGACUGCAAGACUAAGGGACUUUGAAGUAAAAGAUCUUCUUAGUCUAACUCAGUUCUUUGGCUUCGACACGGAGACAUUUUCUCUAGCUGUGAAUUUGCUGGAUAGAUUUCUGUCUAAAAUGAAGGUACAGCCCAAGCACCUUGGGUGUGUUGGACUGAGCUGCUUUUAUUUGGCUGUAAAAUCAGUAGAAGAAGAAAGGAAUGUCCCAUUGGCAACUGACUUGAUCCGCAUAAGUCAAUAUAGAUUCACGGUUUCAGACCUGAUGAGAAUGGAAAAGAUUGUACUGGAGAAGGUGUGUUGGAAAGUUAAAGCUACUACUGCCUUUCAAUUUCUGCAACUCUAUUACUCACUCAUUCAAGAGAACUUGCCAUUUGAAAGGAGAAAUAGCCUUAAUUUUGAAAGACUGGAAGCUCAACUUAAGGCAUGUCAUUGCAGGAUCAUAUUUUCUAAAGCAAAGCCUUCUGUGUUGGCUUUGUCUAUCAUAGCUUUGGAGAUUCAAGCACAGAACUGUGUAGAGUUAACAGAAGGAGUAGAAUGUCUUCAGAAACAUUCCAAGAUACAUGGCAGAGAUUUGACCUUCUGGCAGGAGCUUGUAUCCAAGUGUUUAACUGAAUAUUCAUCAAACAAGUGUUCCAAACCAAAUGUUCAGAAGUUGAAAUGGAUUGUUUCUGGACGUACUGCACGGCAACUGAAGCAUAGUUACUAUAAAAUAACUCACCUUCCAACAAUUCCUGAAACGGUUCCUUAACUGGCAAAUAUGGUUGUUAUUCUUCAUAUAGAGAAAUUUUUCCAAUGACAUAAUUUUCUUCUACAAUUGAAAAAUUGCAAUAUUAUUUUCAAAAUAAGCAAAAUGGAGUUGGAAUAGCAGAGGGAAAAAUGACACUGAUCUAGUCAGCUAAUAUUUGAAGGCAUUUACUACACAUAAGGUGCAACACCCUUAGAGAAAGGAAUUAUCCAACCUCUGUUUGUUUCACUUAAUGACCAUUUAAAUUAUCAGCUUAGAAAACAUCCUCAAUGAUAGAUAGUCCAAAUUUGUAAAGUAGCACUGAAAUAGGACCUCACCCCAGUCAUCUUGCAGUAUGCAUAACCUAAGCUUUAGCUCAUUUAAAGUUAUACAAGCCUAAGUAGGAUAAGAGGACCAAAAAUAUCCAUUAAAACAAAACAAACAACAAACAAAAAACCAAUUUGGCCCAUAUUUUUUAAAAAUCAUACUUAAAGAAAGAGUAAUAUAAGGAGAUGAUCUCUGCACUAGGAAAUUGCCAGUGUAUCAUUGUUAUAGCAGUUGAACUACUAGGAAGUAAUUAGAUGAUAAAAAAUGUAAACUUGGCCAUUGCAUAUGUUAUAUAUUCUUGUCAUCUAAAUUUCUUAACUCACAGUAAUGAUUUAUCUUUUUGCUCUUAAAACGAAAUGUUAAUAUUUAACAUCUACAUAUGAUUAUGAAUCUGAGAAUAAUGAACAGUUAACUUGUAGUAAUAAUUAGGCAGACUUCUGCUAAGUUGGGAUUUUUUUUGUUUUGUUUUGGUUGUUGUUUACUUAAGGUCUAUUUCUGUAGCAAUAAAAAACCUCUUCUCUUGAGGCCUUUUCUCCAGAACCCUGAGAUGUGGAUUCCAUAAUGUUAUAAUGAAUUUAAGCUAUAAAGCCUAGCAGAAUGUUCUCGGACUUAAAAAAACUGUCUAAUAGUAUGAUGUAGUAAAAUAAUGUUUAGAUUAAAUUCACCUGUGAAGCAUUCAAAUGAAGCUAAAGGCAUAAAUGUGAAACAGUGAUUAUAAGCAUGGGAAGGUAAACUGUGAAUCUUCAUUUCCUACAUUGAUCAAUAUGUUGUAUUUAGGUGGUACUGAAAUGGUAACCUACUUAAGUGUUAAAUUAUCAGAUUUACAUCAAAAAUGAACAUUUCACAAAAGCACUUUAAGGCAAGAUAAGGGUUAAUAGUCUAGGCAAUGUAAAUGAUUUCUUGGCACCUAUAAUUCAAGUAAUAGAUAAUUCAGAGAUGAGGGUUCAAUGCUAUAUGAGAAUUACAUUUAAAUUUGAGGGCAUUUUAUAUAAAGCAAAAACUAUAGACCGAGUAAAUUUGGCGUAAUCAUUAUCUUUAAUAUUUCUUCUAGAAACACGUGAUGUUUGUAUUCAUGAUAAAAAAAAUUUUACAUAGAAUUUACUGCCUCAUUAAGAAAAUGUUUCUAUUAUAUUAGUAACUCAAAAUAAAUUAAUACUUCGAAAACUUGCUUUACCCUGUUAAAUUUAGGCCAGAUAAAGCACUCCCCAAAGUUUUUACUACAGACAACUGCCAUUGCUUCUAAUGUAAAAUUUUGUUUAACCCAUUAUGUCCCAUCAUUCUAUAUACAGGGCACCUAUAAAAACCUAUAGAAUUUUAUAGGAGCCCUAUAAAACUCCUUCAUUUUUAUAGGUGUCCUGUAUAUAGGAUGGGAUAUAAUGGGUUAAAAGGAAGAGAAUAUACUUUCACAAAUGCCCCUAUUGUGUCUUAUGUAGGCAACUUCUAAUUAUGAGAUCUCUGAGGUAGUGUUCACUAUUCUCCAGAUCAGCGUGUGAAUAUAAGGAGACAUACCAUGUUAAAGUGUUGUAAGCAAUGAUUCAGUGUAGUGUGUAGCCUGAGUCUAUCCAGAAAGGCUGUAACCAAUUUUGACAAUGUUAUGGAUAUAUAAGCACUGAAAAAUAAACCAAAGAACCACAGUUUAUUUUAUCCUUAACUUUUGUAAGGUGUGUCAAGGAUAACUUUUCAGUUUUCCCAAAAGAUUGAUAUUUCAAUAUUUUGAAAACAUCAGUGUUAAUUUUGAGUUGGCAGAUGUAACCUAACAAACUACCAUUAUGUUUGGUACUAAGGAAUAUACCUUUCAAUAAAAUUACUGAAAUGCAA